AUGAAGUUGACUGCCUUGUGUGAGCUGGAACGAGAGAAGCCUUGCGGCAGGUGCGGAGACCGAUGUCCUGGCUUUGCGCUUCAUAAGUGGAGGAAGAUUUGCCUGCACUGUAAGUGUCCACAGGCAGAACACUUUGAAACAGUGAUGCCACUGGAAAUGGAGAAGACUGUGACCAAGCUGAUGUUUGACUUCCAGCGCAACUCGACUUCUGACGAUGACUCUGGCUGUGCCUUGGAAGAGUACGCCUGGGUCCCUCCAGGGCUGAAACCAGAACAGGUUCAUCAGUACUACAGCUGCCUACCAGAAGACAAAGUACCCUACGUGAACAGCCCCGGGGAGAAAGCCCGCAUAAAACAGCUUCUACACCAGCUGCCACCACACGACAAUGAGGUUCGAUACUGCAACUCACUGGAUGAGGAAGAGAAAAGGGAGCUCAAGCUCUUCAGCAAUCAGAGGAAAAGAGAGAAUCUGGGCCGAGGCAAUGUCCGACCGUUCCCGGUCACCAUGACAGGAGCCAUUUGCGAGCAGUGUGGAGGCCAAAUCAAUGGAGGAGACAUCGCCAUCUUUGCGUCCCGAGCAGGCCACGGCGUUUGCUGGCACCCACCAUGCUUCAUCUGCAGCGUCUGCAACGAGCUGUUGGUAGACCUUAUCUAUUUCUAUCAAGAUGGGAAGAUUUAUUGUGGCCGACACCAUGCGGAAUGCCUCAAGCCUCGGUGUGCGGCGUGUGAUGAGAUUAUCUUUGCUGACGAGUGCACGGAGGCUGAGGGAAGGCACUGGCACAUGAAGCACUUCUGCUGUUUUGAAUGUGAAACGGUGCUAGGUGGCCAGCGGUACAUCAUGAAGGAAGGGCGGCCUUAUUGCUGCAACUGUUUUGAAUCCUUAUACGCGGAGUAUUGCGAUACCUGCGCUCAGCACAUAGGCAUUGAUCAAGGUCAAAUGACUUACGACGGCCAACACUGGCAUGCGACAGAGACUUGCUUUUGUUGCGCACAGUGCAAGAAGUCUCUUCUUGGGCGACCAUUCCUACCAAAGCAAGGGCAGAUCUUCUGCUCAAGAGCGUGCAGCAUGGGUGAUGACCCAAAUGGCUCAGAUUCGUCGGAUUCUGCCUUCCAAAGUGCUAGAGCCAAGGAGUCACGGCGUAGUGCCAAGAUUGGCAAGAACAGGAACAAAGGAGAGGAGAAUGCACUCAGCCAGAGCGGCCAACUACAGGUAUCCUCCAGCAGGCUUUCUGCAGAGGUGGACCCUCUCUCCUUGCAGAUGGACUUGCUGAGCCUGUCCAGUCAAACUCCUAGUCUAAACAGGGACCACGUGUGGAGGAGCAGAGAUGAACUGUAUCACUAUGGGAACAAAAUGGAGCAGAGUCAGUCACAAAGCCCUUUGCAGCUUCUCAGCCAGUGUAACAUAAGGACUUCCUACAACCCAGGGCAGAGCCCGAGUGCCCAGCAGGAUCUAUGGGGGAAACAUUUCAGCAACCCAAAGAGAAGCUCCUCCCUAGCCAUGAAAGGACAUGGUGGCAGCUUCAUCCAGGAAUGCAGAGAAGAUUAUUACUCAGGAAGGCUACGGUCUCAGGAGAGUUACAGUGACAUGUCUAACCAGAGCUUCAGCGACACCAGAGGGAGUUACAAGGUCUCCAAAUAUGGAGAGGAGGAGGAUGCUGGUAUGUCUGCACAGCAGUGUCGAACCAGGCAUCCAAUCAAUGCACUGAAAUUCACCGAGGAACUGACACCCACAGAGCAAACUCCACGAGGUUCGAUGGAGUCCCUUGCUCUUUCCAAUGCCACAGGUCUUUCUGCAGAUGGUGGCGCCAAGCGACAAGAGCAUCUGUCUCGGUUUUCCAUGCCUGACCUUAGCAAAGAUUCAGGGAUGAAUGUCUCAGAGAAGAUGAGCAAUAUGGGGACACUGAAUUCCUCCGCUCAGUUCAGAAGUGCCGAGUCAGUCCGUAGUCUACUUUCUGCGCAACAGUAUCAAGAUAUGGAAGCCAACUUGCACGAUCUUGCCAAUCCUAUUGGUUACAGAGACCCACCGCCUCGUGGGAGGAUGCACCAGAGCUUUGACUAUGAAGGUGGGAUGCCAGGGAACAAGUUGGCUGGCCAAGAGGGCGCCAGACAUCCCCCCAUGAGUGAGCGCACUCCCAGGCGAACUAAUCUCCGAAAUGAUGACCGGCGUUAUCGCCCUCAUAGGCCCCGACGGUCAAGGCGAUCCCGCUCAGAUAAUGCCCUUCACCUCACCAGUGAACAGAGCUAUAAGGUGAAAGAGAGGCCCUCUCUACGAGCCAGGGAAGACUAUGACCAGUUCUUGCAGCAGAGAAGCUGUAGAGAGACUGUGGAGCAGGGUGCACGGAGAAACCUGUAUGGUCAGUGUCCACGGACUGUAUCAGACCUUGCUUUGCAAAACCACUUUACUGAGAGAUGGGGACCGUAUUUUGCCGAAUAUGAUUGGUGUUCCACGUGCUCCUCCUCCUCGGAAUCUGACAAUGAAGGCUACUUCCUUGGGGAACCAAUCCCACAACCCAGCCGCCUCCAGUACGUCACCAGUGAAGAGCUCCUUCACAAAUACGGUUCUUACAGCAUGCCUAAGUCUUCCACGCUCGGUGGUCGAGGACAGUUACAUAGCCGGAAAAGGCAAAAGAGCAAAAACUGUACCAUAGCAUAACCUGGUCCCCCAAGCACAGUGUUGGAGAAUGUAAUUACUUCAUCAACUUGCACUGUUGUAGGUCUUAAAAUGCUUUUUAUUGUAACAAAAAGUCUUGGCGAGUGGGGGAGUUAAGAGAAGGUCAUAGACGAGGGUCUAUAAAUAGUUAUAAUUGUUGGCAUGGUGAAUAUAUUUUGCACAUUUUAUUUUGGGGAUGGAGGAGGGGGAUAAAAUUUAUUUUAGCAUGUAAUCAUUAUAAACUUACCUCCUCCCCCCAAGUAGUGGCCACCCAUUUAAUACCCAGUUCACCCACAUGUUUUAGUUAUCAUUGUUUACUAUAACCAGCAGUUAGCUACUAGUUUAUUCUCCCUCCUCUCUUGUUUUUCAUUUCCAUUACCUUUUUGGAGUGGGGGGUUAACUCUUCUGCCAGAAAGCAGGGGAAACUAAGUUAUUUCCAUCAUUGUUCUGUACAUGCAAAAUC